UCCUGUUUUUCUCUCUCACUCUCUCUCUCUCUCUUCAACCUGCUUUGUCCCCCCCUCCAUCUCUCUUCAAAAAAAUCCCUAAUUUUACUUCUCAAUCCCAUUAUAUUCAUCCUCAUCCACAGGUAAGUUUAUACAGAUCUGCAGAAAGAGCAAAGCAGCUCAAAUAUAUAUUUACAUACAGAAAGCUGUGCUUAACAAAUUGGUGCCUUGGGGCCAUCUAUAUAUAUAUAGAGACAGAAGAUCUUGAUCAGAGAAGAAAAGACAGCCGAGAAGAUGAGCAACAACAUGAAUGGGCAGCAGUUCGGAGACACGACAUAUACCAAGGUUUUUGUCGGCGGUCUGGCAUGGGAGACUCAGAAAGAAACCAUGGAGAAAUACUUUGAACAGUUCGGUGAAAUCUUGGAGGCUGUUGUCAUCUCCGAUAAGGCCACAGGCAGAUCAAAAGGCUAUGGCUUUGUAACUUUUCGUGAGGCAGAAGCAGCCAUGAGAGCGUGUGUUGAUGCUGCACCAGUGAUUGAUGGGAGAAGGGCCAACUGCAAUCUUGCUUCUUUGGGUGUUCAAAGAUCCAAGCCUUCUACCCCUAAACAUGCAGGAGGGGGAGGAGGAGUGAGAAAUUUUAGGGCAAUGAGUGGGUUUCAAGGAGGGUUUGGAGCAACAGCUACAGCCUUUCCUUCUGCAACAACCUUCCCUCAUCAUUAUGCCAUCCAACAAGGCCUACCUUAUAAUCUUUAUGGGUACUCUUCAUAUUCUCCAGAAUUUUCCUACCCCACGGGGUACUAUGGUAUGUAUGGAGGCGCGACGGCGGCGCAGUAUGCUGCAAUGUAUGGUAGUGGGACCAACGGGAUGUUAUCCGCCGCGGCAGCGGCAGCCGCCUUCUACCCUUACUUGAAUUUUGGCGAAGGAAGUGGCGGAGCCACCACCACCGGCGGCUACACGGCCAGCCAGGCCGCCUACGGGGUCCAAUACCCCCAUCACUUGCUUCAGUACUCCGCCGCCAUUAACACCACCGCCGGGUUCCCGGCGCAACACUACGCCACCCCCAUUUCUCUGGCGGCGCACACAACUCCGGUGCAAUCAGUUUGUUUUGCUGUGCCGCAGGCGUGACCGUGGCGGCGGCGGCGGCGCGUGCACCCAUUCCUCACCGUUGAAAAGAUCUAUGCCUACCUGCCCUAAACAAGAAUGAUCAAAAGAGAGAUUCAAUUCAACCACUUUUGGCCUGACCAUGGUUCUCAUCCUCCUCCUCCUCCUCACCGGAGCGAGUCCCUGAGUCCCGGAUAUGGCAUCCGGUAUCUCCACCACUCGAGCCCCGUGUAGGGGCUCCCUCCCCGAAUUCGGAGCAAAGUAAAAAACCUCUCCGUCUUCGUCUUCGUCUUCAUCUUUCUCUUGACAGGAAAGGUUCUCUCAAGAGAAAACAGAAGCUGCUAGAAGCAUAUAUAUGCAUUUUUUGCAUUUACAAUCAUCACCCAACCAAGCUGUCUCAUACGAUGAAGCUGCGUUGGUCGCAUGUUUUCCUUUGAAACCUUAGCCUCGGAAAGGCUAAGGAAAUGUAACCAUUUAGGGAAUUUAACCCUUUUUGUGGAUCAUAACUUAGCUUUAGACAAAAACCCUGCACUUUUCAAAUGAUGAUCUUCAAAAUACUAGCUCAUAAUCAAGUAAUCAUGCAGGUGUAGAUGAAAUUAGGAUUUUGUUAUCUGUCUUGACAAGUGAGAUAUCCCGUCUAACAUGACAGAACAAGUAAGACAUCCCGUCUAACGUGACAGAACAGGUAAGACAUCCUGUCUAACGUGAUAGAUCGAGAGGAAAAACAUAAGUAAAUAAUCUCGAUCUCCAACAUGUUCAAGUCUAUUUUAGUAAUGUGGUCUUGGAAUCGUAAAAAAAAAAAAAGAAAAAAAAAAGGUAUGUUUAGCCAUCUCUCUUUAGGGUUAGAGCCAUGGCUUUAAUGAUGUUUUUUUUUUGUUCUUUUUACUACUGUUGUAUGUAUAUUUGGGGACUAAAUCUUGGGAGUUUUAGUCCCCUAAUUACUAAAGAGCUAAUAAUAUAAUUUCUUGAUCUGAA